GUCAUCGUAUUGAUUUAUCUGGUUUCCCAUUAACGGUAGAAAAAUCAGCUCUAUCUGUACAACAAAUGAUUUUAAUCUUAAUCUAUUUUUAAUUAGUUCAUUAGCUUGUAAUUAUGGCGUGAAUUAUCAGCGAUCGAGAUCUACUUUAUGCUUUCUCAAACAAACCCGAAAAAAAGAAUUAACAUAUUUAUCUACAACCAUCGUGACUGCUGAUUAAUUGGAACUUUACAGUAAUUGCGAAUCUCUGUAUAGCUCAUUAUAUCCAGCACGUAUUACCAGGACCAAAACGGAAUACAAAUAAUGAGCAACCGUAAUACUCGCCCUCUAUUGCUUCGAUCACGAUUAAGUGUAAAUUAGUUAGAGACGCGAUAAUUCGAACGCAUCUAUACCCAUUCAGCAACAUCGUAAUACCGUUUAUUAGCUGUUUUGCCCGCUACAAAGAGGAACUCGCCAUCUGUUACAAAUACGAUCGCCAAUCUACACCACCAUCAACCAUAAUUUGUUUUCGUUAUUCGGAUAAUCCAGUUAUUUUUAUACGCAUAACGAUCACGACGCGUUCUGUAACACGUUGGAUUUUCAAGCAAUUGCAGAACGUAGUUACAAACGAGAAGGAAAGGUUCUAAAUCCCGCUUGGGGUGGAUUAACCCCUUGCCAUACCAUUUAACUCGCAAGAAUCCGACCUAAAAUAUUGCACCCGAAUGGUCGGGAAAAGAACCAAAACGACGGAGAUAGAGUGCCAAAACUUGAAACAUGAGAUCGUGUGACUAAAUGCGUAGAUAGCCGCGGCCGUGUUUAGAAAAAAGAUGUUAUUCGAUACAUCCAUAUUUAGCCCGAGAUUAAGACUACGAGCCUGACUCGUGAUAUUCAGGUUUGGCUCAAAAUUCCCAUCGCGACUCAGCACUCGUAAAAGUAUGGCAAGGGGUUAACCCGAUAUUCUGCUUGUUUUACACGUAGAUUUAGGUAAAAACGUUCAGACAUUUACCGAAGGUAAAAAAUCUUGGAACAGUUACUACAUUCGCUUCGAAAUUGUAAAAUAGUGAAUGUACAUCUGGAAAUACGUUUCGUUAGAAAAGAACAGCGAGCAUUUCCGAACGAUCGAUGUCAACGCGAUCGAGUUGGCUUUCCGAUUUCACGGAAUUCGUAAUAAAAUCGAUCGAUAAUGGCGCGAUGUAACGCGGAGAUAAACGAAAGGGGCUCGAGGUCCAACAUUCUGCGCGCUUUAAAGAACGAAACUUGCGUCGAUAGAAACGAGCGAAGCAAAGAAAUCUCAAUAAAUCAGGAGAUUUCAUUUCGUGCACCGAUUCAUUCGAUACAAAGUAGUUCUUUAAUGCGUGUUCGCCGGGUGAAUUAAUAAAAAAAAGUUCCCGGUAGAGAUAAGCCGGGGACAAGGUCAGGCUGUUAUCGCGAAAGCGUAAAAGCUCGCUGCAAAAACGUAGAAUACGAAGAAUUGAUUCGUUUUAUUCUUGAACCGUUUCGCUCAAUUAAUAUUAAUCCUUUCCUUCGAUAUCCUUUCCUCUAAAGGAGACGAACGUGAAAAGGAGAUGUAUAGGCAAUUUCAUUAAAUUAGUCAGUGGAAACAUUGCAACGUCGAAUUUCAAAGAAAAAUUCAAACGGAUAUUUAAAAAGGAAAGAGCCAAUCGUAUCGAAAGAACAGCAGUCUUGAAAAUCGAUAGCGCUUAGCAAAAAUUCAUUUUACGUCAACGAACCGAGCGAACCCACAUCUUCCAAUCCAGCGAAUCCACUGAUUUUCGUUCACGUGGAUCGUAUUAUUUUCAAUUAAAACAUAUAACGAAAUGUAUAAUUAAUUUCAUACAUUUGCACGAAUUAUAAUAAUGUAUCGCGUGUUUUAUACAUUUAUAUACAUUUAACAUGUCACUGUCACCGAUAUAGUAUCGUAGGUGAUGAAAAUCGGGUCCACAGUGAAUGUGAUAAAAAUCAAAAAGCCCUGUCUCGAGAGAAGUCACGUGCGAAUUCUGUUCUGUAUAUCGUCCGCAACCUCGAAUGGUAAUUCCCAUAGUAGUUGUCCCAUCUACGUAUGCACGUUUGUUUCUUCCUCUCCUUUGCAUAUUUUCGCACGUGUCCCCACCACUAAAACGAAAGUAUUUAUUGCUCCUUGAGUGCAUAGAAGUAUCUACGCAAGGAAGCGCAUCGUGGAAAUGUUCGAGUCUUUUUCACGGUGGAAAGACAUCAUCUUUUAUCUUUUCGACAGAUAGUCGGCUUGAAGGCACCAUUAUCCUCUCCCUGUUGCGUUCCUCUCGAUGGAAAAAAGCUACGAGAUACAACGAUCCCAUCGAUUCAACGUACAGCCAUUUACGUACACAAUUUUAUGAAUUUCGGCCGUUUGACGAUAAACUUCUUGCGAAACUUUCGAGUAAAUGUUUUGCGGUUCGAAGCGUUCCCGUUAGGAGUUGACGAAGAUGUCAGAAGACACUAGGAGAUUGAAGUGGAAAACGAGUGAUGUUCCGGACAUCUUCAAUUUUAAAUUUGAAAGAUAUACACGAGACUGAUAGACGAGGUAAUACGCUGCGUGUUUCAGUGGAUUAAACCGCUUGGCAAAGGCGACAUAGAAAUAAAUGCAACCAAGCUGCGAAUAUUUCUAAUUACUAGCCACAAGUGUGAAAACUAAGUUUCUGCUAAAUGUUAAUUUUAGUGUUAUUUUCCGCUCAUGUUUAAUUAAUUAAUAUGGAAAUGUAAAGUUGAUGCUGCAGAUAUCGAUGGUAAUUUCCUUCGCCGAAACAUAGUUUUUACCGACGAUAAUAAAGUUCAAAGUUGGAGUUUUCUUUAAUUCUUAUAAUCUAUGGAAUAUUUUAUUCUUGUAAUAUAAAAACGUGCAAAUUCUGAACUUUUCGCUUUCAACGUGUACCACGAUCACCGAAAUAGAAUAUCAUAGGGAGUGGCACCUAGUAAAGGAUUGUGGGUGUCGAUCAUACCUAUAGUCGAAAGUUUCGAAACGGAUUAGGAAAAGAAAAAGGAAAGAAGCAAAGAGGUUCGUAGGUGGACUUUCUAUGCACGUUCAACGGUACUCCUACGUGGCAUAAAUUCCGCGCGCACGUUCCACACGUCACGAAGGUCUUCGGGCGCUUUGUGCAACGAGAAUUAGCUGUAGAAUUUCGCAUGCGGUCGAGUGGCUCCUGAAACAACGCAGCGGGUGCAACGAGACACCGGCUCUUGGCGAUGCAUUGCGAAAUUCGCCUCUAAAUGAGAUAGGAUGCGCGUAAAUCGCACGGUACACGAUACAGUAAAUUGACUCACCCUCGACCUCGUGUCACGACUCGUCAAACAGUAAAUGACGUCGAACAGUAAGUCCUCUUUAAAAUGUCGAUCUUUUCCUAAUCGAAGAUUCCAGGCUAUCCUAUUAUUUCUAUUACUAGGAUGCAAUGUCCUAGUAAUAUAAAAAACAAUGAAAAAGGGGAUGAUCCUUUAAUAAAGGAGAAAUAAUUAAGAAAUGUCGAAUACAACAUUUGUGCGUGAUGCAUUACUUUCGAAAGGCUCGAGUUUCUAAUUGAAGAUGCUAGCGGGUACCCCUAUUCUUUUUAUUUCCUGGUAAAAAGCUAACAGAAACAAACUUAGAUUACGUCAUAAACAUUUUAGGCUCGCGGCAACUUUUAUAAUAACUUCUUCUUAUUACUUUUCUUAUUAUUCCAAGUUGUUCUCCGUCUGGGCUUCAGGCGUUAUUUACUUCCUGUCCAGUGAUUAUGACUUAUUCAAGAAAUUGGAAUAUACUAAAGCUUCUUGCGAGACACGGUGACCUAUGAUGAAUCGCAGCGACCGUGAAAUUACGCGGCUCGCCCCUGACAUUCUGCAAAUGCUUGUUCCGUUGUUAUGACGAAGUUGCUCGGCCUUUUCCUUUUUACCGAUUAGUCUCGUAAGUAAAGAUUCAAGAACCACGUAAUGUUUUACGGGCCUGCGUAAAAUUCCUCGACGACCGGGCGUGCAACGUUUCCCGCGCGACGUUUUCCGCUCGGAUCAUCUCAUCCCUGGAAUCACUCGUUCGUCAUUCCCGCGUUUAUCGCGCGUCGUUUCAAAGAUACGAGCGCGCCAGCAUUUGGUGUAAUUUAUAGUGGAAAUAAACGCGCCGUUCCUACAUAGUAUUUCAUUUCCAUCAUAGUAAAAAUGCGAGACGAGGCCUCGGAAAGAUGUGUCCUUCGAGAAAGUAUCAACAGAUCGUGGAACAAAAAUCGAUAAUUAUUUACGAAGCGAUUAAUUCAUCGAUUUCGCUGCUUUUGAGAAAUUAUACGCUGUGAAGAUUAACGAACGAACUCUCUUGUGAACCACUUUAUAUAAAUUCUUACGUAUAUGCAAUUCUUUUUCACCUUUCACCUCAAAGAUAUGAGCAAAGAUAUUUUCUAUGCUAUGUAGCAUUUAAUUCAGUUGCGAAGUUGUGAAUCUCAUGACACGAGCCAUUGUUACAAAAGCUAGUUACUUUUCAUUCGAUAAUAAAUCAAGACUGAUCAACUAAUUUUACCAUAUUUUGAGAUUUCCUUUUGAUCGCGAUUGGACCAGAUCUCGUUUAUGUUCCCAUAAACAGAGAGAAAGAGUCACAUAGUUACUCGUGAUACCUAAUUCUUCUGUAGUCAACAGUCAAUUGAAAUCCGCUAAAAUUAAUCGUAGACCUUCCAAGUGGACCGAAUAAUCCACGAAUCCUUUGCCCGGUCAACUCUCGCGUCGUUUUACGUCAGAGCCGUGAAACUUUUUGUUAAAAGGAGUUACAACUUUGAAAAUAAAUUACGCAAUUCUUAUUAUGGAAGACACGGUAUAAAGAUUUUUCUAUCCCUCUCGGCAAGGCAAAAGGCAUUAAAGCCACGCAUGAAACGUACGUACAUACGUGUGUUAAGUAGAUACGUCAGAGUUAGAACGAAUAUCUUGCUGCCCCGACUUACUACGAGUAAGCCCGCAUUAAAUCACUUCAAGCACUCCGUCACGAGGAAAAAUGCGUAAAUUCCUUCGCGACCUCCUUCUCUUUGUCGCCGUAUAUCCUUGGACGUGAAUUUUUUCAUGUGAGUCGGCUACGAACGCUUCGCACGGUCGUACAAUUUUAUCAAAUGGAGAAAAAGUGGAAAGUAGGUUCCAUUAUGUGAGCGAGGACUCUCUUAAACGACGGGAUUGAAAAUAAAGUUUAUAUAGCAGUUGACACUGGUAAUCUCCGUGGAGGUUUUCGUCUACGGCGCACCGUGCUCGAAUGAACUAAUUAGGCGGACAAAAUUCGUAACCUAGUUUCAUAAAAAAAGGAGCAUUCAGUGUAUAAUUUACUCGCAGUAUCUUCUCUAAAGUUUAUCAUUUUCACGAGAAUUAUUCAUCACGUGAAACAGUGACUUUUAAUGGGUUCGAAUUGACACCGAUGCUACACCACUACCACUAUCACUUUUGCUGCGACAUACAAUUUGAAGAAAAAUGGACAACCCGAGUGACAACGCAUCGGACGCGAUUAGUAGUCAAAGGGUAUAUAAGAAAUCAUCGCCGAACAACAAGCUGACACUCUACUUAGCGAGCAGAGAUCUGAUCGUGAACGAGUUGAAAAUCGAUAAACUACAGGGCGUACUAUUGGUCGAUCCUGAAUUUUUGCAAGAGAAAAGAGUGUACGGGCAAAUUACGUUGACUUUUCGCUACGGGAGGGAAGACGAAGAAGUAAUGGGACUGAAAUUCUGUAACGAGGCGGUUAUGUGUCUCACGCAACUUUACCCCCCAUAUUCCGGCGCUGAUCAACAAGAAACGACCCCGUUACAGGAGGCGUUGGUGAAAAGAUUAGGUCCAAAUGCUCACGCGUUUACCAUGGAAAUCACGCCGUUAGCACCCCCGUCGGUGCAAUUGGUGCCUGCUAAGGAAUACAAUGGGGCUCCCAUUGGUACUGGCUACGACGUCAGAGCUUACGUAGCUGAACGAGCGGACGAGAAGUUGCAUCGGAAAACGACCGUCAGGAUGGGUAUCCGUGUCGUCCAGCGAAUUACGAAGCCACCGUUGCCAGCUACCAGCGUAUAUAGCGUGCCAGUGUCGGCGAGUCCUUCUCCUGGAUCCAGAGGCCAAGCUUGUAAAACGAGAGUCCGGUUCAUGGAAAACGAGAUCACAGAGGACGAGGAGUACGUAGGGCCACAUGCUACAGUGGAGAAACCGUUCUUAUUGAGCGAUGGUCGCGUGGGUUUGGAAGCACGACUAGAUCGUCCGAUCUACGCACACGGAGAUCCAAUAACUGUGCACGUCAACGUCAAUAACAACAGCAGCAAAACUGUGAGGAGGAUCAAGGUUUUCAUCGUGCAACACGUAGAUGUGUGCAUGUUCAGCAACGGCAAAUUCAAGAACGUGGUGGCCUUGCUGUCGUCGCAAGAGGGAUGCCCGAUAGGUCCCGGAGUUUCGCUGAAGAAAAGCUAUACGCUUAGACCGAUCAAAGGCUCGACCAAAAAUUGGAUUGCUUUGGAGGACAGUUACACGAAGGCGGAGGCGACGUUAGCCUCCACCGUUAUUUGUCCUGGAAACGAUCCAGAGGAUAGAAACGUUUUUGCCAUAUACGUUUCCUAUUACGUGAAGGUAAAGCUACUAAUUUCAACAAUGGGCGGAGAAGUGUCGCUUAAGUUACCGUUCACGUUAAUGCAUAGCAGCACAGAUCCGGAUUUAGUGGGCUUUCCGUCCCCGAUCAAAGAGCCAAGAGUUUUGGGGAAGCCGAACGAGGAGAUUACGGAGAAUCUCGAGAGGCAAGAGGAUAACGAACACAAAUACAAGACAAGUAAAUUAGAACCGAUUAAAGAGAAACUAAAAGAGUCCAGGGACAUCGACGUGGAUCUGAUAGAGCAUUAUGAGGAAAGCGACAGUACCUGAGACCAGGCGCAAACGACCGAUGCAUCGUCGCGAUCAUCGACGAAGAAUAAUAACGAUGCGAGAAACGUGAAAACUUCGAAUCAUAAGAACUGUAAAUUGGGUUUCGAUAUACAGAGAGCUUGGUGUUGCUUUAGAAGAGCUUCUUAGUAACGCGAAAAGGAAAGCAACGCUUUAAAAAAUUGACCACGAUGUUUUCUUUCUUUCGUUGAUUAAUUGACGAUUGAGGAGGUUUCGAUGAAUACGCGAGUAGUUAUGAAAUUUUAAGUAUUUUAAACAUUUACGUAUCGUUUUAUCUUCCUUCAUUAACGUCAUGUAUAUAUGUUGUGGGGAAACAUUAUUCUCUGUUUUUAAACAUUUUAUUCUAUGUAUAAUAUCAAUAGAGCGUAAUAAUUUUUAAUUGCUAAAACUAUCUUACCACAGGUCUGGUAAGGUUGAUUGAGAGACGAUUUUCGCCAUUGAGAAUACACUACGGGUUAUGCAGUUCCUACCCGCGCCAUUCUUAUAAAUGAAAAUCGUACUGCCCUUUAAAUUAUGUGCAAAUCGACGAUUAUCGAAUAAUAAGAUUAUUAAAUGACACAUUGUAAAAUCCAUUCAUCUACAUACUUGACAGAAUCAAUCAUAAAAAUCAAUCUAUAAAAAAUCGAAUAUCUCGAAUCUAUUUUUUUAGGCAGAAAAUAUCUCGGUAUUGUCUCGUAUUGUCUUUUAUUAAUUGUGAAAUGAGUGUUUUAUGUAAUUAAAUAGAUUACAAAAGUCAUUGUACCUUGAUAGAAUAAGAUAAUCCAGAGGCAUGUUUUACAAUGAUUCGUGCCUGACUUAUGGAUUUUAUUGCACAUGUAUAGGCACAUAUGUAUGUAAAACUGUACAGAUUAUAUCGUUAUUUAUGUAAAUAAUAAAUCAUAUGAAUAUGAUUGUACAAGAA